UGAAGCUCCACUUCGGGAUCCUCAUGUAAUGCCAGAAGUGUCCCCGACGUAGGGAAGCAUUGCUUUUCGAAAAAGCCGAGUCGUGUGGGUAGCAUAUGCGUGCUCCACAUACAAACAUCGUCUCUGUCAUUCGGUAAACAUAAGACACAGUAGGGUCGCGAAGCAGAAGGCACCAGGUGCUAUUACCAUAUAUAAGAUUGUUUGAUCUAAUUGCUCGGAAUAUUGCGCAUACAGAAAAGCGCAAUUCCGAGAUCAGCUGUGGGGCUAUGAUAUCUUGCGAGGGAUGCGCAUGUUCCUAGCCAACAGGGAUGAAGACAGUGUCAUCCGGGAGAAAUGCUGAGGGUAAAAUUGUAGACGCUUAUAUUACUCCACGUCGUAACAGCUAUGCUAUGGCCUUACCAUGGGGCCACUCAACUGUGCUAAGGGAAACAUUUUUCAUAGCCCAAACGUCGACAGCCUUGGGAUACUACUACCUGCUUAUCCCUAUGAUUCUAGCCAGCACCGUUGGGGUCACUCCCCUGUUAAGGCCAAUCCAUUGUACUAUUAUUAUACCAAAUGACCCGGAUACUCUCGGAUCCAGCUCCUCGACUGACAGGUCCACCAGCGUCAAGGGAGUGGAGUAUUCAGACUCGAGCCGGGGCAACCCCACUGUCCAAUAGUGCCAUUUUCCCCUAAGGCUGUGACAGUAUUGUGUGUAUAACUUGAGGACUGUUAGCCGAGCUUCAUCUUCGUCUCGCAUUUGAACAAUGUAAAAGGAACCAGGCAGUUUGCUCGUUUAAGCUUUAUAGGGAUUUUCAGAGGAAUUACUGACACAUUAGCACUCAAUGACAGACAUGAUCAGAGCUAAAGCCCGCUAAUGUAGAUUAGAAAAGCUUCUGUCAUAGUCAACAUAGAUACUUGGGAUUCUCCUGUACUGUUGAAC